AUGACGACUACCAGUCUCAACUACUCAGUCUGCUGUAACAAAUUCACAUUUGGAGCUGGGGCCCGUAAGUUGGACCCUAUAGGGAACCGGAUCUACCACACUGCGGAUGUGAGGAGCGAGGCCAUAGUCACUUAUUCCAUAAAGAAGGCCGGUUUCCUUCCAUCGAACUUUACAGGUGAGAUGCACAGCAUCGUGACCAUGGACCCUGAUGUUCCAUCGCCAGCCGUUGGUACCCAGGAACGGCCCCUGUUACACGGCCUCUUCAUCAACAUCAGGGAUGGCAACUUCAGCACUGGGGAGUUGGUUCUCAACUAUUCGGGGCCUGCGCCAUCCGACAACAAGCCCCACUACUACUACUUCAUGCUGUACAGACAUGUCGUCCCAUUGAACGCGACGGCAAUGCCAUCGUACUCAUCUGACCCACGUAACGGAAGGUAUCUGUUUGACAUCAACCGCCUGGUUUCCGAUCACAACAUGACGCUUGUGGGUGCCACUUGGCUGCGCGCGACAACGGACGAUUACGUCACGUACCGCCUCGUUGCUAGGGAACCUGGAAAUGAAGCUUCAUUGUGCGCGAAAUACCCUGGAUAUAGCAAACCGUGCCCUACUUCUGGCAGUACCAAGGCUUUCGUGAUAAACAACGUUCCAAUGCUCGUUGUUGGAUUGUGUAAUAUUAUGUUUAUGGCGUUUUCUGCGUUGCACUGAACACGUGCUAAAGAUGGACACUAAUAACGUCACAAUUCUUAUGAGUUGAAUAAUUUUCUACAUCAAUACAAACCAUUCAUGUAUUAUACUAUAGUAAAGUACAUCUUACUAUUAUAUAUGUUCACUUUUCUUAAUAUGAUAUAUGUAAAUAUGAUAUGUAAAUGAUAUAUGCAAAUAUAAAUGAACUCCAAAAUCAGUUUCAGUAGAAAGUAUAUAUCUUUGUAUGUAAGUCUUAAUAAUAAAACAAUAAAUACAAACAAAAAACGUA